CAGUGCAUGUCUACCGAAUUUACUGGCGCCAGUGUUGACAGUGGCUGUGCUGCUUGGGCUGUCGCUAAAAGGCUAGUUUUUUUUUUUUAGUUGGGCUUACAACCAGCUGAACAGAGUAGUCUUUCCUAUACUUGACUCAUGCAGGAGACAUUCACUAAACCUGCAAGCACAAACGCGUGUACCUGGAUACAGUGCCUGUCUGCUCUUUAAAUACAUAUAAGGAAUAUCACCUGGGUCAGUCGCUUUAAAGAUCACAUGUAUUUAUUUUAGACAACGCCGCGGGGAACUUGUUCCCCGAGUUUUGAAUCGUUGUGUGCGCAUCAUGAGAGGAGUUAUCGGAGUGUAAAAAGCACAGAGUCGACAGCUUGGACUCGUUUUUUUAAGUUAUUUUUUGAACUGUCACCAAUCUUUAAGCAAUUCCCUGCAGACUAAAAGCAAAAGGAGAAGAACUCACAAAAACAGUUUGUGUUUUAAAAGCUAAAAAACACUCUCUCACACGUCACACACACACACUCGCACAAAAUGGAAAUAGCGACCGAUCAGCCUCGCUGGAUGACUCACCAUCACGCCGUGCUAAACGGACAGCACCCCGAUUCUCAUCACCCGGGGCUGGCGCACAAUUACAUGGAACCGGCCUCGCAGCUUCUGCCCCCGGACGAGGUGGACGUGUUUUUCAACCAUCUGGACUCGCAAGGGAACCCCUAUUACCCAAACUCGGCGCACGCCCGGGCACGAGUGUCCUACAGCCAGGCUCACGCUCGCUUGACCGGGGGCCAGGUCUGCCGACCUCACCUCAUCCACAGCCCCGGGAUCCCUUGGCUCGACAGCGGGAAAGCAGCUCUGUCAGCCGCCCAUCACCACAACGCCUGGGCGGUGAGCCACUUCACCAAACAGAGCCUCCACCCGGCCAGUACCGGGGCACCGGGCGGCUUGUCAGCGGUGUACCCUGGCAGCAGCGGCGCAAGCACAGGCACCGUAUCCUCACUCACCUCAGGGUCCCACUCCAGCCAGCACCUCUUCAGCUUCCCUCCCACCCCGCCCAAGGAUGUCUCUCCAGAUCUGGGCGCCGCGUCCCCCUUGUCCGCCAGGUUAGACGAAAAGGAAUCCCUGAAAUACCAGGUCUGCCUGGCAGAAAGCAUGAAGAUGGAAGGAUCAAGUCCACUGAGGAGCAGCCUGGCGUCGAUGGGAUCACAGACCUCGUCCACCCACCACCCGAUACCCACUUACCCCACUUACUCUCUGCCCGGAGCGCAUGAGUACGGCGGAAGUCUGUUUCACCCGGGUAGCCUCCUCGGGAGCGCCUCAUCGAGCUUCACCCCAAAAUGCAGGAGCAAAACCAGGUCGUGUUCAGCAGAGGGUAGAGAAUGCGUGAACUGCGGGGCCACGUCGACCCCUCUGUGGAGGCGAGACGGGACCGGGCACUAUCUGUGUAACGCCUGCGGGCUGUACCACAAGAUGAACGGGCAGAACCGACCGCUCAUCAAGCCCAAAAGGAGACUGUCCGCUGCCAGAAGAGCGGGGACCUGUUGUGCCAACUGCCAGACAACCACAACCACGCUGUGGCGACGCAACGCUAACGGGGACCCGGUGUGUAACGCGUGCGGUCUGUAUUACAAGCUGCACAAUAUAAACCGACCCCUCACCAUGAAGAAAGAAGGCAUCCAGACCCGCAACCGCAAGAUGUCCAACAAAAGCAAGAAGAGCAGGAAGGGUCCAGACUGCUUCGAGGAAUUCUCCAAGUGCAUGCAUGACAAGAGCUCCUCCUUCAGCGCCGCUGCCCUGGCAGGGCACAUGCCUCACAUGGGCCACCUGCCCCCCUUCAGCCACUCGGGACACAUCCUGCCCACCCCCACGCCCAUCCACCCCUCUUUCGGGCACCCCCACCACGCCAGCAUGGUGUCCGCCAUGGGGUGAACCCCUCCACCCCCCUGCACCCCCCAGCACAAGGGUGGAGGAGGGUGAGGGGGGAUCGGACAGCAGGCUCACUGCCAGGGAGAGCACUGGUGGUGUGGAGGGCACGGCUUUCACUGCAUUCAUUCGGACACCAAGAGGAAAGAUUUAUGGGAUGGAUGUGUGACUUAGAGACCUUUUCGGUAAGGCUGUGGAGAGGAAUAUUCUCCUGAAGGACUGUAUUCCUGCAAGGAAGGAAGCUGUUUUUUUCCCCAAGCCCUCUCUCACCCAGCUGAUCAACCAACUAACUAGCAAACCAGUAAACCACUCGCUCCCCCUAGCCCUCUCUCACCCAGCUGCUUCAUACCCGAAUCCAGACAAACAGAACCCUGGCUGUCUCUCUGAACCAGGAUAAAUCUUCAGAGAAGAGACGCCUUGAUUUCUAACUGUGAAUAUUGUAAAUGAAGAAGAAGAAGAAGAGGAAGAAGAAGAAGAAGAAGAAGAAGAAGAAGAAGAAGAAGAAGAAGAAACAGACAAUGUACCAGGUCUCACUUACUGACUGUGUGUGUGGGGUCUCUCUCAACCGUUAUAUAUAUAUAUAUAUAUAUAUAUAUAUAUAUAUAUAUAUAUAUAUAUAUAUAUAUAUAUAGAAUGAUGCUGGAUUACUGAUCAUGGACUACUUCUGUUUUAAAGGACUUUAUAAGAAGAAAAAAGGUUUAUAAAGCUUAAUUUUAAAAUAGUUUGCUAUUAUUAUUAUUAUUGUUGUUAUUAUUCUUAUUAUUUAUUUUUUAUUCUGCUUUUUCUUUUUGGUCGAUGUUUCAGAGAAGAUCCUUUACAUCAUUUUGUUUUUAUAAGAAAGCUGUUUUAUUCAUCAGAGAUUAUCGUGUCACCAUUCCUGUAGGCAUAUCUGAGCUGUUAUUGAGGAGAACGUGAAUCUGUCUUAAUUGGGGAGGGGAGGGGAGGAGUUUUUGGAGGAUUGCCCUACAAUUUAAUGUACAGAUUAUUAUUUUUUUCCUUUAAAAUAUUCAUGUCCUUAUGCCAAAUUACAUUUAUUUAAAAAAAAAAAAAAAGCAUUUGGUCGACUGGUUGUGGUUUUCAAUAUCUUAAAAGUGAUUGUGAUGAUUCCUAGUGUGUGGGAACCCUUAUGGUAAACUAUAGUAAAUGCACAGUAUAACCAUGGGAAAAGCAUGGGGGAAAACUGCAAAAAUACCAUGCAGAUUUACUGUGGUGAAUUUUUAUAAGAGAAAUCAAUCACUAGAGCUUUUAUAAAAUUCAAAUAAAAAUCAAUGAUAAUACAAAUUCUGUUUCCAUAUAUAUGCAGCUGGCUCGUUGAGCUAAUAUAUAUAUAUAUAUAUAUAUAUAUAUAUAUAUAUAUAUAUAUAUAUAUGGGAGAGAGUUGUUCUUCCACUGGCCCGUGCUUGAAGAUAUUUACCGCUGCUAUAUAUAUGUAUAUAUUAGACUAAUUUUGUUUUGUAUUUAAUAGUCUGCCUAUGCAUCGUUAAGAAGAAUGCCCCUCCCUCCCAAAAAAGAAAACUACAUACAAGAACAAACAAACAAAAAGUAAUAAAACUCCUUUUCGACUUACAAAAGAUGUGUUUAAUAUUUCCAACAACAACAGCAAGGACAGUAAUAAUAAUUUGACUGAAACUCCAGCGUGAUGUCACCACGGCUAUUGUGCUCGCCCUCCCCAUCUCUAUGGCAGUGCCGUCCCCUAGUGUAAUAAUGGGUGCUUUUAUGAAAGCCGCUGCCCACAAUGCACUCGUGAGCAGGGCUUCACAACGAGGUCAAGUCAAGCGCCGUGCUUGAGGGAGGGAGGGAGGGAGAGUUCCAGAGAGGGAGGAGGAAGGACAGAGCGGUCUAUAGCUGGACAGAGGAAGGAAAGCUAAUCAACAGAGCCCUGACUCUCACAGUAGGAAAGUUCAGCCAGUCUCACCCAGCCGAGAGCAGAGGAAGCACUCAGUGGCAUUGCUUCAUCACAGCCUGCCCCAG